AUGGAUGCUUGGUCGAGUCCGUGGAACGACGACGAUGGUGUCGCACAGCCCGCCGCAUCGUCGUCCGUAGCAAACCAUGACAAGAAGGCGUCCCCUCUCGCACUUCCGCCGCUUCCAACCUUUGACGCAUCCGAUCCGUGGUCCACCGACGUUGCGGCUCCUCAACCAAUAGAGCAAGCGGAAUUAUCUCCAGAUCGAACGCCAUCUCCGCAACCUCGGGACUAUGAGGCGAAAGAGCACAAUGCUCCUCCAAGCCCUUUGCAAACAGGCGCGGCUUGGGGAGACGACGAGUUCCCAACAAGCACUUCAUCAGACGUGCCUGCAGCUACUUCAACGUCGACAUUCGAGCACCCGUUGGAUAGCGACCUCAACUCCUCUGCCAUCGUCGAGGAAAGCUCUUCUCACGAUCCAUGGGGCGCAGGCUCUUCCAGCAACUGGGGCGCCGCCGAAUCGACUUUCCGACCUUCCAUCUCCACACUCGCUGAUCCACAUGCUGAUUCCAGCGGAUGGGGGCCAUCCUCGACCACUUUCGACCAGAGCGACACUCUCGAAUCUCGACUCUCAUCAACGCAUCUCGCAGAUGCACAACUCGCUUCCAGCUCCUUCGGUUUGAACGACUCGUCCAUCGAUGCAGAAUCGAGCGAGCACAAGGAGGCAUCUGGCACUAACAUGGACGUGUGGGCGGCAGAAGCCUCCUCCCGUGAGGAGAAGGCGCGACAUCUCGACAGGGAGGAGAUCGAUCGACUCAAGUCGGACGCUCGAAAGCUCAUCGCCAGCAUCAACACCGAAACCGACACGCAGGCCAGCUUUGCCAGUCCCAGCGUCAGCCAGGGCGGAUGGACAGAUCUGUUCGGCAGCGAGGGCUCCCAACGCGACAAACUGCACCACCUCCAGUCGCCCCCAUCAGCCCUCCAGUCUUCGAGCGGAGCACUACGCCUCGACGUCAUGCAAUCCAGCCCCACCACGCUCACGCACGUGCGCGGCUCAAUGGCAAGCACCGAGAACCGAGGCGUCAAGCUCGUCGCUCCUGACCACAACGCAAGCUGGCAGAGGGGCGCUCGAUCCAUCACCAAGGCCGGCUGGCUGCCCGAUAUGCUGGCGGACGAUGCCGGAGUAUCAUCGAGUCAAGCCAGACUUUCGUCCGAGAGCGCAACAACCCGCACGUCUGGCCCGGGAUGGACACAGACGUCUAGUAGCGACUCGCGCUCCACGUCUGGACCAAGCUUUCUGGCCACGUUCUUCAAGGGUCGCCAAGCAGGUUCGGAUACUGCCACAAGCUCUCCCGAUCUCAACCAACCGCAACCACCGAAGGCGCAAUCGAACGAUGCGAGGACGUCCACGAGCUCGAGCCGCGGAGCCAUGUCGCCCGCGGCCCAGUUUGAUUCCUACCAGGAUGACGCUGGCAGCAAGUACACCGACGACCCGACCGGUCCUGACCUUCUGUCGCUCGACCAACCACCUCCGCCUGCCUCGGCCCCAGCAUCGUCGGCUGCAGGUGCUGCGGCUCCCGCUGCAGGUGCCGGACUUUUGAGCAGGUGGCGAAACAGCGGCCUGUUCAAGUCGUCAGCCAAGAAGGCGCAUCCUAGCUGGGCGUCUGCGUCCAUGAAGGGCGACGAUCUCGCCUGGCUCGACGAUCAGGAGAGCAACGACAGCCCUUCGCACAAGUACCGCUACGACGAGGUGGGAGAAGACUCGUUCGACACGUUUCAGAACCGCAACGUCGUGCCUCCACCGUCGCAUACUCGCCCGAACGUCUCGUCGCCACCACCCGAUCCAUUUGAUGCGCUGUUUGGCCCAGCAGCUCCUCAGGUCGGUGGUUCGUCGGCAAGUACUGCCGCACCGUCCUCAGCGCGGUCGAGCUUGUCUGCGCAGCGCGCUAGUGGCGAGGGCGGCAUGAUGACCAUCACCACCAACUUGGUACGCGCGAACAGCUUAGCACGCAAAGGCGCCGCUUCGCCGCUGCAGCCUCCACCGCCAGCACAGGGCAAGAGGAUGUCGAUCGCACCGCCUCCGCGCGUCAGCACUGCUUCGCCCCGCGUGCAGUCGCCGAGCUACAGUAGCGCGCAGCAACAGCCGGUGGCAGCCGCAGAUCCCUUUGCUGAUUUCCUCAGCGAGCCGCCGCCUCAGCCAAGCGCACCGAAAACAGUGGCAGCACAGCCAGUGGCGUCGGCGAAACAGGGUGCUGCGAAACCAAACGCAAGCGGCGCGCUGACUGCCGACGACCUGCUCUUCUUUGACAAUUUCUGA